UAUUCGCUGCGGGACUCUCCUCCUACUACUCCAUGGCCUCCUCCUCCUCUUUUCUGCGAUUCAAAAUCGCGUUCCAUGGUGUUGAAGCUCCUUUCAUUUCAUUCGGUUUUCUUCAGGAUGGGAUUUCUCAGACAUCUGCGCUCUGUCAAAAACGGGCUCAUCCUUUUCUUGACUCCAUGUCUUCUUCUUCCACUGCCUCUAGUCAUCGGGACAUCGGAGGCAGAAUGUGCCUAUGUGAUAAUCCUGAUGGCGGUGUACUGGUGCACAGAGGUGCUACCACUGGCUGUGACUUCACUUCUCCCAGCUCUCCUUUUUCCUUUGUUUGGCAUAAUGGAAUCCAAAGAUGUGUGUAUGCAGUACAUGAAGGAUACAAACCUGUUGUUUGUUGGAGGACUCAUGGUCGCUGUGGCUGUGGAACACUGGAAUCUGCACAAGCGCAUUGCUUUGAGGGUGCUGCUUUUGGUUGGUGUGCGUCCAGCACUUUUGAUGCUGGGCUUCAUGGGUGUUACUGCGUUUUUGUCCAUGUGGAUCAGUAACACGGCUACCACAGCCAUGAUGGUGCCCAUUGUUCAAGCAGUGCUGGGGCAGCUCAACAGCAAUGAGGCAGAAGUACCUCAGAUCCUCAGCUCAGAUGAGCAGGAGCUGACAUCAGACACUGACAACAAAUCUCAAACACAGACAGAGAAAAAGAAUGAGGGAACUGGCCCGGUGGUGGUGACUCUCUUGGAUGCCUCAAUAGAGAUUGCCAAGCAUAAGGAGGCAGCAGAAAGACGGAGGAUGUGUAAAGGGAUGACCCUGUGUGUUUGUUAUGCAGCCAGCAUUGGAGGCACUGCCACACUGACAGGAACCGGUCCCAAUCUGGUGCUAAAGGGUCAGAUGAACCAGCUGUUUCCUGAAAACGGGGAUGUGAUUAACUUUGCCUCCUGGUUCGGCUUUGCCUUCCCAAACAUGAUCAUCAUGCUCACGCUGGCCUGGCUUUGGCUGCAGUUUGUUUUCAUGGGAUUAAACUUUAAGAAAACGUGGGGCUGCAGGGCUGUAAAGACAGAGAAGGAGAUUGCUGCCUACAAUGUAAUCCUUGAGCAGCACCGCUUGUUGGGGCCCAUGUCUUUUGGAGAGAUAAGUGUCCUGGGUCUCUUCACUUUGCUGGUGCUCAUGUGGUUCACAAGGGAUCCAGGUUUUGUCCAGGGAUGGGCGACAAAUAUCUUCAACUCCACAGCAGAGUAUGUGACAGAUGCCACAGUGGCCAUCUUUGUGGCCAUUCUUCUCUUUGUUCUGCCCUCUGAACCUCCACGUUUCUGUUCAUGGAGGUCAAGGAGUUUUGACACAUCACCUCAUCGGCCUACUGGCUCAACGCCACCUCUUCUCACCUGGAAAGUUGCUCAAAAGAAGUUACCAUGGGGCAUUGUGAUUCUUCUUGGGGGAGGUUUUGCUCUAGCUAAGGGAAGUGAAGAAUCUGGACUCUCAAAGUGGAUGGGCGAUCAGAUGACCCCCCUGCAAACUAUCCCUCCAUGGGCAAUUGCUAUCAUCUUAUGCCUGCUGAUUGCAACCUUCACAGAGUGCACCAGUAAUGUGGCAACUGCAACUCUCUUUUUACCUGUCUUAGCCUCAAUGUCUCAGUCCAUUGGAAUCAAUCCACUGUACGUCAUGGUGCCUUGUACUCUAAGUGCCUCAUUUGCCUUCAUGCUGCCUGUUGCCACUCCACCAAAUGCCAUAGUCUUCUCUUAUGGAUACAUCAAAGUUGCUGACAUGGCCAAGACGGGGAUAGUCAUGAACAUCAUCGGCAUCCUGUGCAUUACACUGGCCAUUAACAGCUGGGGCAGGCCCUUGUUUCACCUGAACACUUUCCCUGCAUGGGCCAACACCACAGGGGUGUGAGUCUGGUUCUGCACUUGGAGAUGACCCAUACACACAAGUGUCAGACCAAGAUUGCUGGUCAGAGUGACAGCACGGGACUAAACGUUGAACUUCAUGUGUCUUGCUGUCUGGUGGCUUUAACUGAAACUUGAGACUUGCUACAAAGAAAGGGGUAAUGAAUUUGACUGAAAGGAAAGAGUGGGUAAACAACUUUUUAUGUAUCAUAAAGAAGUUGCACCAUGAAAAAGACUUCUUACACCCAAAAAGGUACAACAGAAGCCAUAUACAGUCUGUAUUUAUAUUGUUUAAUACAAUUAUAUUAUUAUUAUUAUAAAAAAAAGCAUUAUUAUUAAAAGCAAGUCUUUUUUUAAUCAUAGUUAAUGUGUACACACACACACACACACACACACAUAUAUAUAUAUAUAUAUAUAUAUAUAUAUAUAUAUAUAUAAUUUUGCUUAUUUGUAGCAUAUGUUUAGAGCAGUAAACCUUGUUUUUGUAAUAUAGAGAUAACUGAAAAUUUGUGGUACUUGUAAUUAAGGAUGUAUAUUAUAUGCCUGUUCUGUUUUUUUUAACUGCUUGGUGGGAGGUUGCAACAUUUCUUUGAGAGCUGCAUUUACUGGUUGUAUUAUGUCAUUUUUCUUUUCUUUUCUUUUUUUUUUUUUAUCAAGAUUUAACACUAAAAGCAGCCUCCAAUAUAAUACACAGUAGGUUUAGGUCUACUAAAAUACAUUAGAAUACCACUGUGACAAUGACAUUCCCGCUGCCUAAUGAGCACCUUUACUAUUGUCCAGUUAUGCUGCCUAAGUGUGCUAAAAACACAUUUUUACAUUUCCAGUUUACACAUUCUUUGCUGGUACUGUGUCUUACUAUAAACAUGAAUUCUACAUGAACUCCAAUCAAGUUGUAUUUUAUAAUCUUUGUAUAUGUGGUGUAUAUGUUCUUUUGCAUAAUGUGAAAUGA